AAGCCGCUCCUAAAGAAGCCAACGUAUCAACCGCUCUACAAAGACCCCUUUCCCUUUGCUUGCUCCAUUUGAAACCCUAACACCCUUUUGCGCCUCUUCCGCUUGAAGACUUCACCCUCUCGCUCUCAAAAUUCUCCUCAAAAAUCACAUUUGUAUUAAAAUAUCGCUAUGUCUAAAAGAGGCAAACGCGGUGUUGCUUCUUGCUCAAAGAAAAUGACAGAGGAUGAACUGUACAUUGAAUUCGACGAAGAUAUGCUCCCGAUAGGUGUGAACAAGAGUAAAUUUUCAUCAUGGUUAGGAUUGACAUUGAGAAAAAGGUUUUCGUACCAUAUCGAUACAAGCAAAUUCGAAAAGCAUAUGUGGGAUGAUCUAUGGUUACAUGUUAAGGAGCAUUGGAAAAUUCUAGACGAUAAGCCAAAGCAAGUUUUGAUUAAAAAAGCGAAGAAAAAUUGUACCACUUGGAGAAGUAAGCUUGUUAGAGAAUUUGUAAAUAAUAACGAACGUCCUUUUGCGAAGUAUCAUUAUCUCGAUCAAUCAAAAUGGAAUGAAUUUGUUGCGGCAAAGACUAGUGAGGCAUUUUUGAAAAAAAGUAAGAAAGCAAAAGCAAGUGCAUUACGACACAAAUACCACCCCUGCACGGGACGCAAUGGAUAUAGUGGUUUGAAAGAGAAAUUCGAUGAUAUAUGGUCUCAACUCCUCACAAGUUACCCGUAUCUUGAAGAGAUUGAAAACGACCGUACUCAACUGUGGGUCACAAGUAGGGCAAGAUUAAACAAACGAACCGGUUUGUAUAAAGUUGAACAUCUGCAUGAAACAAUCAAUGAUUUGAUCUGUAUUGAGCGUGAAAUGAAAGCCGAUGGUACCUAUUAUGAAGGGCGGGAAGAUCCAUUAACUAGAUAUUUUGGACCUGAGCACGGGGGCCGAACACGAAUGGUUUCAUGCAUCAUAGGUAAAACACAAGUUCACAAAGGAUCGCGUAAAGGUGGUAGGCAACAAAAUCAGAAUGAUGCGCCUACCACUCAAAUAAGAAGUGAUGAGAGGGUGAACGUGAACAGCGAGAGACAAACGGUGGACGCAAGCUCUGAUUUUCGUAGCUCCAGCUGUGAGUCGGGUGGAUCGGAUACCGACUAUCCAGAUAUUCAGACACCAGAGCUGGAGUUAGUUGUCAGAAAUGCUACAAAUAUUGGACAGGCCCGUGAGUCAGAGGAUGACAUCAGCCAUCAGAAAAACAAGAGGAGAACGCCACAGGCCCGUGAUUCAGAGGAUGGCAUCAGCCAUCAGAAAAAGAAGAGGAGAACACCAUCGAAGUCGGUGGUUAAAAAAUCAACUGGUUUACUACAAGCAAGCUCCAGUCGUAGUCCUCCUGAUCACCAUGUUAACUCAGUGAGUCAACCCAGUGCCGGAACCACCACCACCAACAACCAACAAGAAUGGCCUUUUAUCAAGCGGUCUCCAAUGUGGGCCAUCAUUGAGUUACACUCUCAAAACCCACACUUUGCGCCACUGAAGAAAAUGAACGAAGAUUGUCGCGAGGGUUUAGCCAUUGCUCACAUCGUCACAUUUGGCAAUCUCGUUCAACGUCUUUCAGACAUAAAACCGAAUGAUCCUGUUGACGUAAUCAACAACAGUUUGGAAACGUUAAGUGACUUGGAGACUCAUGGGUUUGACGUGGGUCCCAUUAGACGGCGUUUAAACCAAUUACUUUCUUUGAAAACCAAAAUGUGUCGGCAAGAGGAAACGCGUAAAGAAGUUGAAAAGGAGCUUGAGAAGUGCGAUCAUGAAAAGUCUUUGGCGGAGAAAGAGAUGGAUCGGUUGAAAGAGAAGAUGCGGGCGUUGAAGUCAAAAUCGGAGCGUAUUGCGACUAAGCAGAAGAGUAUGAAGGAAGAACUUAUGAGGUUUCAAACAAAUGAUUUGGAGGUUGAUUUUGAAAAGCUUGUAGCAACUCCUUUGUAAGAAAGCUCUUCUUUUGGUGUUGUUGGACUUGUAAACUAAUGCUUGCUGACUUGGAAAACUACUUUUAAUUAAUUAAUCAUGCUACUAUAAGCCCUUUUGUUUCUA